AUGGACGAAGACGAGGAUACAGUUAUGGGUGAUUCCCAUACCACCUCCACCUUGACUGCAAACCGAUUCCAUCUUCCCACGCAUCUCAGCAAUCACCCGACUCCCAAUCUUCCUCCUUCUUCCAUUCACCAAGCGAUUCCUGCAUCCUUAACACCUGGCUCCGAGCAAUCUCAACCUCCGGUGGUCAUCGCCUCCACCGGAAUGGCCCCUCCUGAACAUUUGACCAAGAUCGGUGAAGGUGAUAUUUUCACCGUCGAACAGUUGUCAAAACGUGAUAGCCUGGUUGAGCCCGACUCUGACUGGUCUGACGACGAGGUCAUGGCUAAGGCGGGUCUUCCACUGGCGUCGCUUGCCUCAGGACUUUGUUAUGAUCCUCGCAUGCGUUACCACUGCGAGGUUUGUCCACAGAGUGACGUUCAUCCAGAGGAUCCCAGACGCAUCUACUACAUCUACAAGGAGUUAUGUCGCGCCGGUCUUGUUGACGACCCAGAAUCGAGUCGGCCUUUGGCACCCAAAACCUUGCAACGGAUCCAGGCUCGCAAUGCAACCGAGGAGGAAAUCACCCUCGUCCAUGAUGAAGCGCACUACGCAUUUGUUCGAAGCACAACAGAUAUGGCCAACGAUGAACUUAUUCAGCUCGAAAAGGAACGUGACUCCAUCUACUUUAAUAAUCUGACCUUCGCUUCGGCCAUUUUGUCUACUGGAGGCGCAAUCGAGACAUGCUUAGCCGUCGCCCAACGUCAGGUGAAAAAUGCUAUAGCCGUCAUUCGCCCACCCGGUCACCAUGCCGAGCAUGAUUCUGCGAUGGGAUUCUGUCUAUUCAACAAUGUGUCUGUUGCAGCACGCGUUUGCCAAAAUAGACUAGGAGACGCUUGCCGGAAGAUCAUGAUUCUUGACUGGGACGUUCACCAUGGCAACGGCAUCCAGCAAGCAUUUUACGAGGACCCUAAUGUUCUUUACAUUUCCAUGCAUGUCUACCAAGACGGUCGCUUCUACCCUGGAGGCCCUGCUGGAGACUCAGAUCAAUGUGGCUCAGGCGCCGGAGUCGGAAAAAAUGUCAAUAUUCCAUGGCCCGACCAGGGUAUGGGCGAUGGCGAUUACAUGUUCGCCUUCCAGGAAGUGGUGAUGCCCAUUGCCCAAGAAUUCGAUCCCGACAUGGUGAUUGUCGCUGCUGGGUUUGAUGCUGCCGCUGGCGAUGUACUGGGUGCCUGCUUUGUCUCGCCAGCUUGUUAUGCCCAAAUGAUCCACAUGCUCAUGACUUUGGCCAAUGGAAAGAUCGCUGUUUGCUUGGAGGGCGGAUACAACUUCAAGUCUAUCUCCAAGUCGGCUCUGGCUGUGACCAAGACCCUUAUGGGGGAACCCCCUGACCGUUUGUUGAGCAGUUCUCCGACAGACUCUGCGGUCGCAACAGUCCGCCGGGUGAGGAGCAUCCAAUCCCAGUAUUGGAGUCGCCUGUACCCCAAGACAUCUGCUCACCCGAUCUACGCGAAUCGUCUUCACGAUAUCCUCCGUGUUCACCAGUCGAACCAGCUGUAUGAAACCUGCAAGCUCACCCCGCUCCACAUUUAUCGCACCGCCAUUUCCAAGUCCUUUGACAAACAAGUUCUGGCAAGCACAAACUAUCACGAACGUGUGCCGCUUGUUGUCAUCUUCCACGAUCCCCCUGAGAUUGUGGGACAGGCUCAUCCCGUGACCAAUAAGUUGGAAGCGCACAAUGUGUGGCUGGCCGAUUCGCUCUCGGAUUAUGUGAAAUGGAUCGUGGGCAAGGGCUACGCGGUGAUCGAUGUUAACAUUCCCAAGUUCGUAACUCGGAAGGAGACUGCCGGUAAAUACCAGGUGGACGACGAGGACCGCCCGUCUGCCACCGAAGAGCUUGCCGGAUACUUGUGGGACAACUACAUCGAUGCGAACCAGGCAACCGAAAUUUUCCUGCUCGGCGUCGGCAACGCUUUCAUUGGCGUGUCGAACUUGCUAAUCAACAGGGAAAACCUUUACAAGCGUGUCAACGGCGUGAUCUCCUUCGUGUCUGUAGACCCCGUCCGCGCGGUCGCAUCCCAGACGCAGACGUGGCUCUCGAAGUGGUACCGCGAGAACUCCCUUGUGUUUGUUUCAGACUCCCAUGGUAUUUGGACUAGCCUGGACCGACGGCCUUCCAAGCGCUACGGACAGCUGGUUCAUUCCCCGAAAACGGACCUGAACGAGAUGCUUGACGAGCAUAAGGAGGAAGUGUUCAAGUGGAUAUCCGAUCGUGCUGACCGGACAGAGGAGGACUCAGACGAAGAUUCGUGA